AUGGCUCAGGCUAUCUCAUCUACUGUUUUCGCUAUCAUCCUACAGUUGGGGCACUGGAUCUCAGUCGUACAGCUUGGGCUGUUCCAUGAUCAGGUCCCCGUGUCUCUCUGGGAAGAUGAAAUAGGGCGGUUGCGAGUGUGGGCUGUAGAUGUUGGUGCCGAUGAACGCAGUUCAUUGUCGCUGGACUACAGACUGCGCGACUCAUCUCACCUCAAGGACCAGAUCUCCAACCUUCUUGAACAGCUUCAAAGGAGCUGUGAAAAAUUGCUGGAGAUAGCAAAUCCUGGUUCGGCUGAUGGGAAGCUUCCGGAUUCUGAUAUGAACGAAAAAAUCCAGACAAAGCUCCAGACAGAGUCCCAGGCGGAGUCCCAGACAGAACUCCAAUCAAUUUAUCACUCUGUGCAUAAUAUAGUGGACUGUCUCUUCCGUAUUGCACCAGCAAUCCGUCAACCUGCCAGAAACCAUUUUGUUCUAGGGAUCAAGGAGUCUGGCGAGCUGCCAUUUGAGUAUUCCGAGAGACACCUUGUUCUCGAGAAUUACUCUCGAGCAGAUCUUCGGAUCGUCGAUCGGCUUGCAACAGCGAUAUCACUGCGCCGGAAAAUGCUGCAGUAUAGGAGAGAAUGCCAUUCGAACCUCGCUAUAGGACUGGACAAGCUCGAGGAAGGCGAGUCUGACACACCAAAUUUUGUCAACCGGGACAUGUUACAGCUUGGGGAGCUGGAGGAAUUGAAGGACUCCAAUUGCUCGCGUGCAGCACUUCUUGAACAAGAAGGUGAUGAAGCAAUGGUUCUUUUCCCCUGUCAGAUAGUGGGGGAAAGGUAUGAAUGCCCUUAUUGCUUCUUCAUGGUCCGGGUUGAUUGCAGUGAACAUUCUUGGGCCCAGCACGUCCUCGACGACAUCAUGCCAUAUGUCUGUGUCUUCCCAUGCUGCCCAUCGCCUUUUCGUCUGUAUGAAUCCCGGCAAGAAUGGUCCGCACACUGCCAACUUCAUCUCAAGGAGUUGGCUAAUGGGCUCCUAGGCUAUCAACCAGAGUGUCGACCGGAGUACCCACGAGAGCGUCGUCUACCAGAGUGGCCAAUAGACUGGCCAACAGAGUGUCCCUUAUGCACGCUGAGCACAACUUCCGACACAAGCUGGGAGAGUCACGUGGCCAAACAUCUAGAGAAACUGGCACUUCUUGCAUUGCGUUGGCAUCGGCGGGCGGACAAUGCAGAAGAGAUUCGUGUGGCCUACGCAUACAAUUGUGAUGGUCGCGCCUAUGGGAAUGUACAAGGACGGUUCCAAGAUGCUCCCGAUUGGGUCGGGUUCGAGGCACCAGAACCCAGCACUUCGGAGAAAACGUCUUCUGGCAAAGACGCAGCAACGGAAUCCCAAUCUUGGAAACUUCUUUGGUGGGUAUGUUGUCGGUGUGGAGAAUCACGGAAUGCAGAUGCAGAAGCCAGCGAGUGCCUUUCUUGUAAACAUUGUCGCUGCACAAGCUGUCGGUCAGUUGGAGGAUGA